CGGAAAAAAGAAAAAUGCUAAAAAUACCAUCAAGUAAUGAAAAUAUGAGAAGCUUGAGAAGCUCGCUUUCAUUUUUCAUGGCCAACAAACACCAAGAGCUAGCCGAUCACUAAGCCUUGUUGUUGAGGCCAUCUCCCCAGGAUCACCAUCCAUUGUUCUCUUUAGAUAAAAACAAACGUUGCCUAGUUCCUUGUUUCCUCUUCGCUCCGAGAGAGAGAUAAUGAUCCAGUACACCCUCCGGCGAAGAGUUCACCGUCGAGUUUUGGUUCUCCGGCGUUGCAUUAAACACGUCAUGGAUAGGAUUAUUACGUGCUGUUUAGGAAAGCCGGUUCACUACCGCAUGCUGCCGAUCUCGGUUAUGACUCCUCCUUCCAGCUCUAUCGCUAGCAGCCCCGUCGACACACCUGUCCCGGCCGUCCGGCGUCAGAAGUCGUUGACGGUUAGCAGUGGUCGGGAAAGCGUAGACUCCAACCUCGUCUCCUUAAAGAUUAGUCUGUUGGGGGAUAGCCAAAUCGGAAAAACAAGCUUUUUGGUAAAGUACGUAGGAGAUGAUGAUGAGAAAGCAGAAGGAGAGCCACAGACCACAGGGUUAAAUUUCAUGGAUAAAACUCUCAGGGUCAGAGACGCUCGGAUUUCGUAUAGUAUUUGGGAAGUUGGAGAUGAUAGGAAAUCCCAGGACAAUUUGCACGUUGCUUGCAAGGAUUCCGUAGCAAUUUUGUUCAUGUUCGACUUGACAAGUCGGGUUACGUUGAAUAGUAUUCCAACAUGGUAUAACCGAGCCAGGAAAUGGAAUCAGACGGCAAUCCCAAUAUUGAUAGGAACAAAAUUCGAUGACUUCAUCCAGCUCCCAUUAGAUUUGCAAUGGGCAAUCGCAAGUCAGGCAAGAGCUUAUGCAAAAGCACUCAACGCAACACUUUUCUUUUCGAGUGCAACCUACAACAUAAAUGUGAACAAGAUCUUCAAAUUCAUCACAGCCAAGCUCUUUGACUUGCCGUGGACUGUCGAGCGAAAUCUGACCAUUGGAGAGCCGAUUAUUGAUUUCUAGCCCUUGUACUUCUUUUGCAGAUAGCAGGUUCUCUCUAACCACAGAAAUCGUAAACAGUAAUCUGGUUCCCGGAUUUUUCAUAGUUCUUCAGCUCGAUGACAGUUUGAGUUCUUUCGUUUUGAUGAUUUUGGAGAAAGGCAGAGGCAGAGAGAGCCCACAUCUCCAGACACGAAUUAGGUCAAUUUUUAAGAGUUCAAAAACACAAAUCAAACAACAACAAAAGGCAUGCCUUUUCCUACAAUGCAGUAAUAUUCAUCACCAUGCGCAUCAAAGUAUAGUUAGUUGGUUGUCAUCUACAUUUCUUAAAGUGACCAUGAAGAUCCUAAUAGAAUAGCUGACAAAUGGUUUCAAACUUUCAAUGGGAGAGCUACCAGUGCAGAAGAAAGCAAUUACAGUACGUAUAGUAAAUGAAGACAUUUAAAGUUGAAUUCUGUAGAGUACAUGGUGUGGACAGAAUCGUAGGCUGUUGGGUUCAACUGUAUGUAUUAAAGAUUUAAAACAAACAAACCCAUAAUCUAAAGCACAUUCCAAUCAUAUUAUUUAGCAAAUGCAACACAAGUUUGGAAAUUUUGAGACAGAAAACGUAAACAGAGGAUUAUUUUUUCAAGC